AUGAUUAGUGAUUAUUUUCAGAGCUAUGCAUAAACGUGCUUUUGAGGAUUAUGACGGAGGAUUCGGAGGGAAAAGGUCUAAAACCUCCGGAGGCAGACCAGAGAUAAGAGUCCUCCUGCCCAGUAAGAUCGCUGGUUCCGUGAUCGGCAAGGGAGGGAAGAACAUUCAGCAGCUUAGAUCUGAAUAUGGCUGCACAGUGCGUAUCCCUGAUUGUCCUGGGGGUCCUGAGCGUAUUCUAGAGAUAAGUGGGGAAAGCUAUGACCCUCUUCUACCCUGCCUACAGGCUGCAGUACCGUACAUGUACGAGGGGUUAGAUGAUACGCCGGACAAAGAACUAAGAUUCCUGAUUCAUCAAUCUAUUGCUGGAGGAGUUAUUGGUAAAGGUGGAGAGAAGAUUAAAGAGAUCAGACAAACUACUGGAGCUGGAGUGAAGGUUUCCUCUAAUUGUGCUCCUCAGUCUACAGACAGAGUUGUUCAGUUGACUGGGUCCCUGGAUAAGAUAAUGGCUGCAGCUGAAGAAGUUUACGAGAAGGUUAAAACUACCGAUAUCAAGGGCGAGGAGAUGAAAUAUGAUCCUCUGAACUUUGAUGCUGCCGGAGCCUCCGACUAUCUGGGUUGGGGAGGAUCUGAUGGACUCGGAGGAUUCGGAGGAGGACGAGGUGGUGGAGGGCGAGGUGGCGGAGGACGCGGCAGGGCCCCAGGAGGCAGAGGAGGUAUGGGAAUGGGAGUUGGAAUGGGAAUGGGUUACGGAGGUGGUAUGGGAGGAGGUAUGGGUGGAGGUAUGGGUGGAGGCAUGCCACGUGGAAGGGGUAUGGGAGGAGGCAGAGGUAUGCCUGGAGGUCGAGGGGGAGGUUUUGGAGGCCCAGGAUUUGGAGGAGGUUAUGGUGGGGACUUUGGAUAUGGAGGAGGCGAAGCUGGAGGAUAUGGAGGCGGAUAUGGAGGAUACGGGGAACCGAGUUCGGGGUAUGGAGCACCACAGGAAGACUAUGGAGCGGCGGGUGGUUUUGGAGCUGGAGGUUACGGUGCCGGUGGUGGAUUUGGAGGUAGAGGUGGUGGUUUCGGAGGUGGUUUUGGAGGUGGAGCUGAAGGGUUCGGAGGACCUAAACGAGGAUUCAAGAGCGAAGUAGAAACUGGAGGAAAUACUCUUCAGUUCUCCGAGUCCAGUAACUCCACCCAAGUGACUAUACCGAAUGAUUUGGCUGGAGCUAUCAUAGGACCUGGAGGACAGAGGAUCAGGAAGAUCAGAAAUGACUCCCUUGCUCAAAUUUCUAUUGCUGAACCUGAGCAGGGUUCUAAGGAGCGUGUGAUCACUAUCACCGGGGAUCCGGAGGCAAUUCAGACUGCUCAGUAUCUUCUACAGCAGUGUGUAAGGGAGUAUGGACCAGGAAGAUUCUAGAUGAAUCCUUACUCUGCAUCAUGGAUCCCAAUAUAGAUCUCUUCUCACCAUGAAGGAUCUUAUCUGUACAUUAAACUGAACUUGAGCUCUGGUUUCUGUUUUAGAUUUGUUUGGUAUGUUUGACUGUUAUUGUUUGAUAAUCAUUUGGUUUUUUAAUUAUUCCCAUUAAUUUAAUAAAUAACAUUCUCAUAUAAUCCCUUACUUUACGCUAAAAAUAUUUUAAAGGAUUUUAAAAUAGUGCCUUUUCUGUUUAAUAUUAUGUAAAAAUGCCCUUGCCCUGGCACUUGCGAAGACGAUGAUGCCCUGAACCCCUUGACCCCUGGAUGUCAGUGAACCCCUGGAUGGCCCGAUACCCCUUGGCCCCUGAUGGCAUUGAACACCUGUGCCUUAGGAUCGCGAGGAUCCAUUGGCUCUUCAUGACAUGGAACCCCUUGGCCUAAAUGGCCCGGAACAAAGUCCUACGGAACCCCCUGGCUAAAAUGGACUGGAACCCCUAAGCCCUUGCUGGCUCGGAAAACCCUGGAUGGUCAUGUACUCUAGGCCCCUGAAUGGCCCCGUACAUAUUGCCCUCUGUAUGAACCUGAACUAGUUGGCCCAUUGAUUGUCCCGAACCUGAGCCCCAGUCUCCUGGACAACCCAGAAUCAAUUGAUGACCCUACACCGUCCCUCUUCUUUGAUUCUAUUGACUCUAAAGGAACCCCUUAAAUCAGGGUUAUUCACCUUAUUCUUCCCCGGCCCUGUUGGACUGUAGCCUCGCCACAAUUCUAUCCGGACCCUGCCAAUCUCUACCCCGGCCCUGUCCACCUGUACCCUGACUCUGUCCACCUAUACCCUUGCCCUGACCACCUGUACCCUGGCCCUAUCCGAAUUAACCCUUAUGACCCUGUCUGAUUCUACUCUAACCAUAUCUGAUUGCUAUGGUCCCUUCUGGUUCUAUUCAUCCUUGCCCUUGCCCAACCUGAUACUACCCUGGCCUUACUUGAUACUAUACUGACCCAACCUGAUACUACCCUGGCCCUACUUAAUACUAUACUGGCCCAACCUGAUACUGCCCUGGACCAACCUGAUACUGCCCCAGACCAACCUGAUACUACCCUUGCCCAACCUGAUACUACCCUAGUCCAAUCUGAUACUUUCCCUGGUCCAACCUGAUACUACCCUGGCCCAACCUGAUGCUACCCUGGCCCUACUUAAUACUAUACUGGCCCAACCUGAUACUGCCCUGGCCUAACCAGAUACUGUCCUGGCCCAGCCUGAUACUUCCCUGGCCCAACCAGAUACCACCCUGGCCCAAUCCCAGGUCCCUGCAAAGAUAACCAACCCAACCUAAGAAGAAAAUUUCUGGAUGUUGGAUUGAAUUUAUGUUAUCUUGCCUGCUGACCAUUCUGGUUGUUUGAAAUUCAAGGACGUCACCUCUAUGUAUGAUGAAAUAUUAAAUAUUUAAAAAUUGUAUAUUUGAAACACGAAAUUAGUUUAUUGUUAUUGAAAUGUUUUUAAAUUAUGAAAUAAAAAUAUUGAAAUGUAAGAAAUAAAAUGUAAAUUUCAGA